UCCUCUCAGCUCCCAGAGGCAUCACCCCCCCCUCCUCUGUGCCAAACCCCCCCAGACACCAUGGCUUGUGUUCCUCCCCUCUGACGCGCUGGACCCUCAUAAAUAGGAGGCUGUCCAGCUCUUUGGCACACUUCAGCUCAGCCUCUCCAAGAGCAAACAUCUCCCCUCAAAAAGCAACAAGCAGCAAACUGAAAAAUGAGUCCCAGCAUCACAGCUGAGGCCAGCCAGCCUCCUCCUGCAGCAGCCAGGUCCACCGUGGCCCAGAGAAAACAAGCCAACGAACUGAGAAAGACUCUUAAACCCUUGCUGGAGAAGAAAAGACGUGCUCGUAUCAACGACAGUCUCAGUCAUCUGAAAAGCCUGAUUCUUCCUCUGGUUGGCAAAGACAACGCGCGCUACUCCAAGCUGGAGAAAGCUGAUAUUCUGGAGAUGACCGUCCGUUUCCUCAGAGACCUUCCUUCCACUCCACUCAAAGACUCUACAGACAGUUACAGAGAAGGCUACAGAGCCUGCCUGCAGCGCGUCUCCACUCUGCUCCCCAAAACCAGCCUGGAUCAGGACGCGUGUCAGCGGGUCAACGACUUCGUCCAGCAGUCCACGUCCUCCACCGUCACCAAGACCUGCAUGAACUGCUGUGCACAGAGCUCCAGGACUUUCCCUCAGAUGCAGCAGAGACUCCUGAGCCUCAAAUCCAGCUUCAGCUCCAGACUGGAGAGCCAGUCCUGCAGCAGCAGCAGCAGCAGCAGUAGUAGUAGUAGUGGAGGUGAUGGAGGCGCAGUGGCUCCCAGCAGAGCGCAGUCUGGUCUGCAGCCUGUCAGCGCUGCCAUGUGGAGACCUUGGUAGACUACAUGGACAUUUAUCCUCAUGCAUGUUAUUUAUUUUGUGAUGUUAUUUAUACUACUUGUAUUAGUCUUAGCGAUGAAGAAUUGUUGGAGUUUGCUGUACAAUGAUUUAAUUCAGCAUUUGGCUGCUCAUGUUGCGUUCAAUGCCAUGAGAGCACAGAUCUUAAAGAAGUCUUAUGAGCUUUUUAAAUCGCAAUCCUCUUUGGGGUUUCAAAGAUCCGGGUUGUAGACAACACUUUUGUAAAACCCCAAGGGUUAUUUUGUUUGAGGUUUGCACGAUGGACUUAAAAGUAUUUUGGUCUGUGCAAAAGAAUAGUCUGUAAAACACUGUGUGUUAAAUAGGAUGAUGUAUUAUUCACUGAUGUUAUGUAUGAAAAAAAAAACAUGUUUUGUGACACAAGUUUUUCAAUAAAUGUACAUUUCUGGAAUAUUGUUGUGCUGUUUGAUCUUUGAUUUUAUGGUAUUAAAGAUCUCAAAUGUAUCAUCAGAGUAAUCUCAGUUAUAUGAAUGGAAGGGAAAAGGCGCGCAAACGAAUAAAGCCACACGCACGCAGG